AUGAUGCCUGAUACUAAAGUCAGAAUAAAUUUGAAUUCUGGAGUAAUACCCACUCUACGAUCCGAAACAAUUGAUUUUUUACCCAGUAAACGUGAUUUAAGAGUAAAACGUAGGUAUAACACAGAGACUGCAAGUUUGAUUCCAUCAAAUACACCAGAAAAAUCGAUGCUAGUAGAAAACUACGACGGGAUUAAUUUUAGUGAUACUAGUUUUGAUUCAGAUAUUUUAGAGGAACUAAUUAAUCCAAAUUAUAAGAGUGUAUAG